AUGGCUGGAUGGAUCCCCGGAAUGCACAUCACCUUCUGGUCUGUCCUGUCUUACUCUGAUUCUGACUCUCUACAGAAAGUGAAAGUCGCGUCACGCCAAGCCAUUGACAGAAAUCCCGUCAUCUCAGAGUCCAGACAACCAACAACAACCGACAAGCUCAACCUUGAACCCACAACCCAAUCCAACGUACCAACGCACAGUUACAACUUACCCGACCUAGUUGACUCGACUCGGACAAACAGAGGAAGGUGUCACUGCACUGUCUCCGGCUCACGGACCUCGCGUGGCGGUCGCUGUGAAGCACAGUCAAAGUCUUGUUUCUUUUGCUUCCACUCUCCGCUCCCAUCCACCGCCUGCGACCUGAGCACGCUGAGGUACCCCCAAGGCAUGCUACUGUAUGACAAGACAAGACAAGAGUUCCGACUGGAGACAACAUGCUACGAUUUCCAAUGGAAGCUAAGCUACCUUUACGCUAGAAGCCCCCAUCAGCUGCAGAUAAAGUGGCAUGGAAGGAAUCCUGCACUGAACCCUUCCCUGUCAACUGGCUGGGUUGACAAGACCAUCACGCCAGCCAGUGCGUCCGAUGCUUUGCGCAGCCUCAUUGUCUCAUUCACAGACUCACAGUCGACCACUUCUUGGGUUCCUCGUCCCCUCUUGGCACAAUCGUCAGAGCCUAAUCAGUUCAGACGCACAGUCGAACCAGAUCAAGACGAGUACGGCUUCCAGUCGUUCAACUGCCCUCAAUAUAGCGGAAGUACGCCGACUGCUCCGAUACUUUGCUCGCCGCGCCGCCGAACCGCAAAAUCUAUCAGAGGCGAUGAAGCCAACAGCCAAACCUACAUGGAAGCCCCUCUCCGCAAAUCAUCCUAUCUCAAGCUAGAGGUGUCGUUUCCACUCAUCACUGGGCCUUAA